AGAUGAGGCUGCAAGUAGACAGCAUCAUACCUGCAAGCAGGUCAAUUUUCAUUGUCAUAGGGAGAAUACACAUGUAGAUUUGAAUGAAAGCUGUUCAGAUUGCGGCAUUAUAUUUUCUACCUUUUAUGAGCAGUUGGAGAAUUUAUCUGUAGCCUAUGCUACCUAUAGCCAGUAGUUUUCUAAUCUAGUUAGAUCAACUAACAAAGCACGGCUGUGUAUGCCUUUACAUUACGCGUUGAUAACUUGCAGAAAUCAUUCAGCUAUAAACUGAAAUAAGGGAGCAGUCAGCUAGUCAGCCAGAGGCAGAGGGUGAGUUUUUAACAACCGGAAGUGCGCGCGCUUAUUCCCACUGACGAAGAAUAGGGUUACAAAAGAGGACGUCUAGACCAUCUAAAUAUACAAUAGGCUUCUCCUGAAGGCCAUGUCUAAUGAACACACACCCCUCCUCGCCCAUGGGGUGUGUGGUCUGUCUGUAGACACCGCAGUGUGUGGCAUGGGGGGGUCCGAUGGCACUGGGGAGGCCAGCACUCCUAAUGCUGUACCCCGAAAACUCAACACCUUCUUCGGGGUGAUAGUGCCCACCGUCCUCUCCAUGUUCAGCAUUGUCCUCUUCCUCAGAACUGGGUUUGUGGUUGGUCAUGCGGGGCUCUUGCAGGGUCUUGUGAUGCUGCUUGUAGCCUACACCAUUAUCUCCCUCACCAUCUUGUCCAUCUGUGCUAUUUCCACCAAUGGUGCUGUGCAGGGAGGUGGGGCCUAUUUCAUGAUCAGUCGAUCGUUGGGCCCAGAGUUUGGAGGAAGCAUUGGUCUCAUGUUCUUCCUUGCCAAGGUGUGCGCGUGUGGAGUGUAUGUGCUUGGUCUGGUAGAGGCCAUACUUGACAUAUUUGGUCAGGACCCAGCAUCCUCCUCUGCGUUGCGGGUGCUUCCCCAGGGAUACUGGUACACAGUGCUGUACUCUUCCAUAGUUCUCCUGCUGGUUCUGGUGGUGUGCCUAGUGGGUGCCCACAUCUUUGCCCGCACCUCCUUCCUCAUCCUGCUGGUGGUGACCAUCUCCCUGCUGUCCAUCUACAUCAGCCCCCUGGCGCUGACCACGCCCCUAACCUUUCUCAUCACCCACCAGGGCCCUGGCAACCAGACCCUCACCUACAACGCCAGCUACACAGGCUUCAAUGGCACCACACUGAGGGACAACCUGGGUUCGGGCUACACUGUGGACUACAGCACCGGUAAAGUCAUGUCAUUCGCCACUGUGUUCGCUGUCAUGUUCACCAGCUGUACCGGAAUCAUGGCCGGAGCAAACAUGUCAGGAGAGCUGAAGAACCCCAGUGCUGCCAUUCCCAAAGGCACCAUUAUUGCAGUCCUCUACACCUGCAUAGUCUAUGUCCUGCUCUUUGUCCUGGCCAGCUCCACCUGUGAAAGGACCCUGUUGGUUCAGGAUUACGGAUUCUUCCAGCGUAUAAACAUCUGGCCGCCAUUUGUAACCAUUGGGAUCUACUGUUCCGCCCUGUCAGCAGCCAUGUGCUCUCUGAUUGGGGCGUCCCGGAUCCUCCAUGCCCUCGCACUGGACCAACUGUUUGGUUUUCCAUUGGCUCCUGCUGCUACCACUUCCAGCUCAGGUAACCCAUGGGUGGCAGUGCUGUACACCUGGGGCUUGGCACAGUGUGUGGUGUUUGCAGGCCAGCUUAAUGCCAUAGCUGGCCUUGUGACAGUGUUCUACCUGCUGGCCUAUGCUGCUGUCGACCUGGCCUGUCUGGCUCUAGAGUGGGCAUCGGCCCCCAACUUCAGGCCCACCUUCCAGGUGUUCUCCUGGCACACAUGUCUGCUGGGCAUUCUGAGCUGUCUGGUGAUGAUGUUUGUCAUUAAUCCCGUCUACUCUUCAGCCAGCAUCGUCCUCCUCUUGCUGCUGUUGCUCUUCCUGCACUACAGAUCACCCACCAGCAGCUGGGGAUACAUCAGCCAGGCUCUCAUCUUCCAUCAGGUGCGCAAGUAUCUACUGAUGCUGGAUGUGAGGAAGGACCAUGUGAAGUUCUGGAGGCCCCAGGUGUUGUUGAUGGUGGCCAACCCUCGCUCCUCCUGCCAGCUCAUCAACUUUGUCAAUCAGCUGAAGAAGGGUGGCUUGUUUGUGCUGGGGCACGUGAAGCUGGGCGAUCUGGACACCCUGCCCUCAGACCCUGUCCAGCAGCAGUAUAACUUCUGGCUGAGUCUGGUGGAUAAGCUGGGGGUGAAGGCCUUUGUGGACCUGACUCUGUCCACCUCUGUGAGACAGGGCACACAGCAUCUGCUGCGCAUCACCGGCCUGGGCGGCAUGAAGCCCAACACUCUGGUCUUGGGGUUCUACGACAGUUGCACCCCUGAGGACUACUUCCUCCAAGACCCUGCUUUCUAUGAGUCAGAAGAGGCCGGAGGGGAUGAUUUUGGGGUAGAUCUGCCCUCUCUGCAAGCCCACUUCCCCCCAGUUCGCCAUGUGGAGAGCCCACGCUGGCUCACGCCAGAGGAGUAUGUGGGAAUCAUCUCAGAUGCCAUCAAAAUGAGUAAGAACGUGUGUCUGGGCCGCUACUUCUCCCAGCUGCAGGGGGAGAGCAUGGGGACCAAGACGGACGGGGCUGAGAGGAUCAUCGACGUCUGGCCCCUCAACCUGCUGCGGCCGGGCAGCACCUCAGCAGCCUCUGUCGACGUGUGCAGCCUUUUCCUGCUGCAGAUGGCGUGUGUUCUCAACAUGGCCAGCAGAUGGCGCCAUGCCAGAAUGAGAAUAUUUCUGUGUGUGGAGGCAGAGUCAAGCGACCAGGGCUGGGUGGUUAAAGAGGAGACCUUCCGGGAGCUGUUGAGGAAGCUGAGGAUCAGGGCCUCCAUCAAGAUAGUGCCCUGGGACUCAGUGGUGCAGCUCUACGGACAGAAACAGACACCAGACCCAGAGCUGGGGGAGCUAGGCCUGACGAGGCCGGCCCCAGCCCUCUCAGAGGACUUCCUGUCUGCAGUCAACUGCCUGCUGAUGGAGCACAGUGCUCAGGCUGCUGUCCGCUUCCUGUAUUUACCACGCCCCCCUACUCACUCUAGCCAAUCACAACAAUACCUCAGUCAGUUGGAAGCUGUGACUCACGGUUUAGGCCCAACCCUCUUGAUUCAUGGUCUCACCCCAGUCACGUGCACUGAGCUUUGAGUGUGUCACUCUGUGUGUUUAUGGGAUCAAUAUGUCAUGUAACUAACUUAAUCCUGAACAUAAUAGAAAGGGCAGUCUGUUAAAUGCUUAACAUAUAUGAGGUACAUAACGUAUGUGUUAGUUAGACAAUAAACACACAGGCACGCUACACAACAGGACUUAAUAGUAUAGCUCUGUUUCAUAGGCACAUAGUUUCACACCUUGUAAUGUAACUCAUUUACACAUCUACUAAUUUCACAAAUGAACACAUUCGACACCUAGUCAGUCACAGUGGUACCUACUUACCGUCUGUAAUACACUGAGUGUAUAAAACAUUAGGAACACCUUCCUAAUAUUGAGUUGCACCCCCUUUUGCCCUCAGAACAGCC